CUCUGAAAAUAGGGGAAAAAAAUUGAUACAGUACCUUCUAGAGUGUGCUUUAAAUAGCUCCGCCCUCUUCUCGGAACUCCUCUUUCUCCCCUCUGGACUGCGUGCUGAAGCUCUGAGCACACAGAAUCAGAAUAGUGCAAAUCAGAAUCUAAUGGCUUUGCCCAACCAACAGACUGUUGAUUACCCGAGCUUCAAGCUCGUCAUCGUUGGCGAUGGUGGAACUGGGAAGACGACAUUUGUGAAGAGGCAUCUCACCGGAGAAUUUGAGAAGAAGUAUGAACCAACCAUUGGUGUGGAAGUUCACCCUCUGGACUUCUUCACAAACUGUGGGAAGAUCCGAUUUUAUUGCUGGGAUACUGCAGGGGAAGGAAAAUUCGGUGGUCUGAGAGAUGGUUACUAGUAAGUGUUUGCGACGUAGCUAGCAAUCGGUUCUUAGUUACAAUAUUGAACCCUGCCUAUUCUGGUAUCUAUGUAUGUUUUUCAUUUGGAUUUUAUGGGGUUGCAUACUGUGUGGGAAAGUUUGAUUCAAUGCUUUGUCACAUAUUGGUCAAAAUAUCUUGAGAAUUUUGCCCCUUUUCAAGCCUUGGUUGGCGUA